UAUUUCUUAUUGUGACAGGUCCCCUUUAAAUAACAUUGUGAGCUGUUUGUAAGCAAAUGUAAUGAUCAGUGACAUAUUAUGUAAGUUUAACCAAAUUAAUUAACAUAAAAAUGGGCAAGGGACAAGCAAAGUGAGCAGAGCAACAAGACACACGGUGGUCAUUCUGCAUCAGCAAGAUCUCACCCAUGCAGAUUUUUUGUUGCAGAUUGUUUCCACAUAUACUGUCCAAGCCCUUCCUCAGAAGAACACAAAUCCUGGCAAGGUUGAGGACCAGAAACUCACUGGUUAACCAUGGGAACUCAGUGCAGCAUAGGAGCUAUAUGUCAAGCUUACUUUGACCCACCACUGUCAGCUCAAUAUUGGCAGAAACAACUGGGAUCCGUGUACACCCAUAUACUGUCUGGAUAACUCAGAAGUGAACUCUAUCCAUUGCUCUAAGGUGGAAACUGAGCCAGAAGACUCGGCUACACAUGAAAGUCCACUGUGCAAAGUGUUAUUUUGGAUGCAACUCAUCACCCCUGCUUCCUGUAGUGAAUUAAGUUUCUAUAUCUAUAUAGGUAGCUGGAUAUAUAUAUGGAUUCUUUUUAAAGGACAUGUAAAGUAUUUUUGUGGUGCCAGUCUGUGUGCAUAGAGCACCUUACCCUGACCUCAACCGCAUCAUUUUCGCACCCCCAUUCGGAUCCUACGUCCUGCACCGUCGCUUUGUGUGUAACUGCAUUUAACUUUUCACCCGGCGGCCAUUUUCCCUGCACGGCGUUAUCGCUUCUGGCUUCCUCUUCUAAAUGCGCAUGUGCGCAUAGUCCCUUCUGCACAAAAACUUCAUAACGCAAGCUUCAGCUGUACUGAAGCAGAGAAGGGCGCAUGCUCCCCACGCCAAACGGCAAGGAGAAUUCUGAAGGGAGGGGGGAGAGGGAGCAAGCCAGCUGCCGAUAUGCAGACAGAUCAAGGGAACGGAGCAGCCGCUCUAUUAACUUCUCAGUGACCACAGAGGCAGGGGAACCAAGAUCACUUUUUCUUCUGAGACGGAAUGAAAGUCAAUGCAGAUAUGACGAGAUCUAUGCAUAUUAAAAGAUCCAGACCUCCCGACUGAUCAGAUUGUUCCAAACUGCUAUUUGCUGAAGCUGUGGGUCACCAACCGCCGAAGCCAUGAUCACUGUGACCGAACUCAGAUUUCUUGCAGAUGCUCAAACAUCUUAUCAUAUUUUAAAGCCAUGGUGGGAUGUCUUUUGGUAUUACAUCACCAUGGUUAUGUUAAUGAUUUCAGUGUUAGCAGGCGCACUGCAACUUACCCAGAGCAGAAUGCUGUGCCUUCCCUGUAAAGCUGAAGUAGACAAUCAGUGCGUACAUCCUCUGGAACCAGUCCAUCUACAUGUUAACUUAUCAGCUGCUUCUGCAGGUCAGGCAAUACCAUCCUUAGGCAUUGUAAAUGAUCUUCACCGCCAACAGUAUGCUUACAUUGAUGCCGUAUGUUAUGAAAAGCAGCUUCACUGGUUUGCCAAAUUCUUCCCCUACCUUGUGUUCCUGCAUUCAAUAGUCUUUGCAAUUUGCAGCAACUUCUGGCUUCACUAUCCAAGUACAAGUUCUAGAUUGGAGCAUUUUGUAGCAAUUCUAUAUAAAUGUUUUGAUUCCCCAUGGACAACAAGGGCUUUGUCAGAGGCAGUUGCUCAACAAACAAUGAAAAUACAGCGUAAAAGAUCCCAUCUUAUGACUUCUUCUGGUGCUGAAGAUGCAGAGGCUCGCAGGCAAUCUCUGCAGCCUGGAAUUGAGUCAUCAACAGUAGAAGAUGAUGCCUCAGGUGUCCUAGACAAAAAGGAAGGUGAACAAGCCAAGGCUUUAUUUGAGAGAGUGCGUAGGUUCAGGUUCCAUGUUGAACAAAAGGACAUUAUAUACAGAUUGUAUAUGAAGCAAAUUGUCGUGAAAGUAAUUGCACUAAUUGUGAUUAUUGCAUACGUGUCUUAUUAUUUGAUGAAUAUAACAUUUGAAAUUGACUGCAUUGUUGAUAUUGAAGCAUUCACAGGGUACAGAAGAUACCAAUGUGUUUACUCUCUUGCAGUCAUUUUCAAAGUCUUAGCUACGUUUUAUGUUCUUCUUGUGUUCUUGUAUGGUUACGCUUGCUUUUAUAGUCUGUGGUGGAUGCUUAGAAGUUCUCUCAAGCAAUAUUCCUUUGAAGCAGUGAGAGAAAAAAGCAAUUACAGCGACAUCCCAGAUGUAAAAAAUGACUUUGCCUUCAUGCUUCACUUAGCAGAUCAAUAUGAUCCCUUGUACGCCAAACGGUUUUCAAUAUUUUUGUCAGAAGUGAGCGAGAACAGAUUGAAACAAAUUAAUCUCAACAAUGAGUGGACUGUAGAAAUGCUGAAGAGUAAGUUACGGCGAAAUGCACAGGACAAAAUGGAACUUCAUAUGUUCAUGUUAAGUGGCUUGCCAGACAAUGUCUUUGAACUUAACGACAUUGAGGUACUGGUCUUGGAACUUAUACCAGAUGCCAAAUUGACUCCUAUGAUAACCCAAAUGGUAAACCUUAAGGAACUUCAUAUUUACCAUUCCACACUUACUGUAGAUUUGCAGGCACUAAGCUUUCUUUCAGAGAACCUUGAAAUCCUGCAUUUGAAAUUUACUACAACAGAAAAGAUCCCAACGUGGCUCUUUCUUUUGAAAAAGUUGAAGGAACUAUACUUAGCAGGAUCUCUUGAUAAUUACAGUUAUUUUUACAUUGAAGGCCUUCAGGACUUGAAAAACCUGAAAACCCUCUAUUUGAAGAGCAGCCUUCCCAGGAUCCCUCCUGUAGUCACAGAUUUGUUACCAUCACUGGAGAAGCUGUCCGUUAAUAACGAAGGACACAGACUGAUAGUCUUAAUCAGUUUGAAAAAACUGACAAACCUUUCUUGCCUGGAACUCAUCAACUGUGACUUAGAACGAAUUCCACACUCCAUUUUCAGUCUCCGAGAACUGCAGGAGAUUAAUUUUAGAGGAAAUAACUUUAAGACGAUUGAGGAAAUAAUUAGCUUUCAGCAUCUACAGAAGCUGACCUGUCUGAAGCUGUGGCACAAUUCUAUUGCUUACAUUCCAAUUCAGAUCGGAGUUCUAGCAAACCUAGAACAGCUCUACCUAAAUCACAAUAACAUUGAAAUAGUGCCACUUCAACUCUUCCUGUGUAACAAACUCCGGGUUCUGGACCUAAGCUAUAACAAUUUAUCCUUUAUCCCAGAGGAAAUCCAGCUGUUGAAGAACCUUCAGCAUUUUGCUGUGACGAAAAACAGUAUUGAAACACUGCCUGAUGGACUAUUUAAAUGCAGCAAACUUCAGUAUUUAUUACUGGGAAAAAACAGCCUGAUGAGCAUCUCUCCACAAGUUGGCGACCUGAUGAACCUCAUUAAGAUCGAGCUUAUUGGUAACCAAAUUGAAUCCCUUCCUCCUGAAAUGGAAUCAUGCCAGUCUCUUAAAGCAAACUGCAUCAUUGUGGAAACUCAUGUGUUGCGUACCCUUCCAUCACUUGCAAAGGAAAAUGCCAAACCCUCACAGAAAGAAAAGAUGCAAUGAAGGAUAUUUGCUCUCAUUAUUUAAGGGUACAGAGUGGCGAUCAAAUUGCAUUGUUGCUAAUGUUAUUUCCAUUUGGUUCUUGGACUUAUGGGGAUACAAACCCUGUAGAUAUAUUCACAUCAAGACAUAAUGGAUCAUUUUUGCAAAUGUGUAUAUUUCCAACAUUAUGGCAGAACUUGCUGCCCGUGUGUGUGUGAAUUUCAAGAAAUAAUUGUCAAGCCUUGAUAAAUACUAAAUAUCGAAGUGAAAAAAAUAACUGUUUAUUUUUACAGCUGUAAGAUAUUUGUAUUCUUCAUUUUGGUAGGUUUGAUGGUACGUUGUGAUUACAGAUUAGUCAAUGCCAUCAUGGUUUAAGUAUUUAUUUUUGCAAAUGUUUCUACCUGGUGUGCUACAGUACAACAAAAAGCCUGAUUGUCCCAUAAGUAUGGGAUUCUAUCAGGGACACAUUUGUUUACAGCUAUCCAAAAAAUAAUUAUAAUAAUGGCCAACAGUAUCUAAAAAAGAAACAUUGUAUGUAUUUAAUUUUUAAAAUUAAAAACUUUGUGUGUGGAACUUA